CUCGAUCUCUCGACGGAUUGAACGUGGCGAAGGAGAGCAGGAGAGCAGGAGAGCAGAGUGGUCGUCAUCGCUCAUCGCUGCGCCCGCGGAUCAGUCUGCAGUCUGAUCAGAAUGUGCCGCGGAGUAAUCGAGGAGGAACCUUCAGAGAAGGAUCAUUACAUGGAUACGCUUGCUAUGCACGGCAUGGCGAUUGUCGAUGAUGGAUUGCAGGACCACGGUCCCGACUGCAAGAAGCCGCUUGAAGUUCCCUUGCGUGGAAAUAAUAUGCCUGAAGCUCCCGCAUCCUGUCCAUUACAUAACCUACCAGACACCCCCGGGCCGGCUGAUCUCGCCGGAAUCAAGGCCGAAGACAGCGAUCUUGAUUGGUCACAUUACCUACCGACUCCGGCUAAUUGGUCACUGACACAUGGACGGGGCUCGACCACGGGAUCAUCGUCGGAGACCGGUUCGGGAUCGGGAUCCCGAGCGCCACGUCGCUCAGGCUCGGUAAGCGAAGAGAGAGAGAGAGAGGGGGGUAUACAUUUCACAUUGUGGAAUGAUGAAAGGGCGGCACUUGGGAGCUGCGCGCCGGAGCCAGGAUUUGGGAAAUCAACGGAGGAGAUGCCGCCGGGCGUCGAGGUCCGUGAAGGAGACGAUGCGUCACAGGAGAUUGGUUUUCAGAGAGGAGGAGGAGGAGGAGGAGGAGGAGGAGGAGGAGGAGGAGGAAAGGGAGUCCCUCCUCUGGUCCAAGAGGGGAGCGGUGUCGGCGACCUGGCUUCGAAAAUUGCACAGCUGCUCGAUGUGUUGCGGUCGGGAUCGGGAUCGGCGGUGUCUCAUGCCGCGUCCGCCGAUCGCAUCGGGAUUGACGACUGCCAGAAUGGGACGGCGGAGAGAGGCGGCUAUGACGUGAUUUCCGCGACUAGGAUUCUUGCGCGCGCGACUGCAGAGAGGUGAGCCUGUAGCCUUGUGCGCGCACGCAAUCUCUGCGGAACCCCGCUCAUCCCCCCUCUCCUCUGGCGGAAGAUCUUAAUUAAUUAUCGUCUAUUGUGACCAUGA